CGCCUUGAAUUUGUUAAAACCCACACGACACCCAUCGCGUUUCGCACUCCGGUACACCACGGUGCUCGCGCUCGCGUCGCUCGCCACACCACACGCCACCACCGCGCGGGCACGCGCGCCACUUGCGCGCAGACGCGCCGAAGCUUCUUCGUCUCGAUCGCGCCGCGCGCGAUCGAGCGCGACGUACGGCUAGCUGCCGCCACCACCACCACCACACGCCGGCCGGAGGACUGGUCAAUCUCCCAUGUGCCUCCACCGCAUAUAGCGUGGAGAGCUAGCUAGCUCUACUACUGUGGCUGUGGCCUGUGGGAGCAGGGAGCAAUGGCCGCGCAGGAGAGCGCCGCGGGGACGACGAACCAGGUGAUGCGGUGGCGGUACGGGGACGUCGACGACAGCAACUUCGCGGUGCACGGCCGCGCCGUGUACCUGCUGGUCGGGCUGCUCGUCGCCGUCGUGGUGUUCGUCGCCCUCUGCCUCUACCUCCGCUGGGCGUGCCACCGGUACACGCCCGACCCGGAGGCCUCCUCCUCGUCGUCGGCGGCGGGGGCGGCGGGGGCCGCAGCGGCGGCGUCGAUGCACGGGCUCGACGCCGAGGCGAUCGGGGGCCUGCCGGUGACGCUGUACCGCCCGCGCGACUCCUCGUCGCCUCCCGCCGGGAAGGGCGGCGGCGGUGGCGUCGACGACGACCAGGCGGCGCAGUGCUCGAUAUGCAUCAGCGCGCUGGUCGCCGGCGAGAAGGUGAAGGCCCUCCCGCCGUGCGGCCACUGCUUCCACCCGGACUGCGUCGACGCCUGGCUCCGUUCCCAGCCCAGCUGCCCGCUCUGCCGGAGCCUCCUCCUCGCCGCCGCCGCCACCGCCGCCAAACCCGACGUCAACGGCGGCGACGACGACGACUCCGCCGUGUGAAGUGCAACCAGCGCGGCUAGCUGCCAACGCCAAGCUGCUCCGAUCCGUCACCCCCACUGACGAAGCGGCCCCACCUGGAAUUCGCUGCGGUUCAGUAAAGUAUUUGUGGCUGGAUUGUUGGAGUUAUCGCGAACAGUGGCACCACAGGCUGAAGCUGCCUGCCCACUACGUAAUAUUAUUUUAAGCGAGACUUGAUUAGUUUUCACGCAUGCACUCCUGAUGUCGUCCACCACCGGCAUUUCGAUCCAACCGGGGCAACAUUCGCUCUGAUCCAACAUUCGCUCUGAUCCUGAAGAAGAGCAUGCUCGCAGUAGCAGCAACUUGCAAGCUAGUAGCUAGCAACAAAGUCGACCAGUGAUAUGUUGAUGGAAUUGUGGGUGUAUAAUACUCACGAAUGUUACGCAUAUAUAAAUAGACUAUAAAUAUAAUUUUAGUAAGACUAGAGAUAUACCGUUGGUUUUCGUCUUUGAGAUUAGCGUGUGUUAGAGGGUGCAGUUGUGAAGGUGUGAGUGUGAUAUUUUUUGCGUUUGUUUACCGUGUAAUGAAAAGAAAGAAGUCGACCGGAGAUAUUCUCCUGCCGAAAAGUGAUCGAUCGACAUAAGAAAAUUCAA